AUGGCUACAGAAAGAAGUCCAAUUAAAGUUCCAUGUGAAAAUGAAGACUUACCUGAAAAAGAAAAUGCACCAGAUUUUGAUGAGGACACUUUGCGAGGUGAGUUGUGUUGAGCUUCAGCUUCAGUUAUUGUUAGAACUUCUUCUAUUCCACCAUUUUCAAGAAUGUAUGCAGAUGUGGAGAAGGAUAUAAUUAUACACUGUAUUAAUACUUUAAAAGAUAUUUGGACAGUUAUGACUCUCUUCUAUGAUUAUAAUAUGCUGUUCAUUUAAAGGAUCUAUGACACAGAAACCUUUGUUAUUUUCUUUUCUAAAAGUUCAAAGCAAGUACACUGUACACAAAGUUAUAAUAAGUAAAUACUUUAUUUGAUCAUGGUACAACAUCCAUUUUGUAAGUCUGCAUUAUAGUUACCAUCAUCAUCAUCAUCAUCAUCAUCAUCUUCCCAUUAUAAUUCAACAAUCAAUUGAAAACUUCAACCUCCCCCCCCUUCCUUUUCACCUGGGCAACCCACAAGCAUUAGCAUUUGAUCAUCCAAGCCAAACAAGGGGGGGGGGGGGAAUUGAACCUUGCCUCACUACAUUGGGAAAUUUGAAUCAGAAGUGUCAAGACUUUAUAAUAGAAUACAAGUGUUAUAUCGAUCUCUAACUGUCGAGGUGUUUAAGGUAAAAAAUGCACUUUUACUAGCAAAUGGCUGAGAAGGUAAAAAGUCUACAAGGUUUAGGUUUUAUGCUUAAUCAUCAUCAUCAUCAUCAUCAUCACCAUUGUUACCCACAUUAUAAGCAUUAUCAUAACUAUCAUCUUUUUUAUCAUUUUUCUUAUCAUUUAGGCAAUAACAUACUGUUUGUCUAUAUUGUAAUAUUGCUUCUGGUUGUUUAAUGCUUGCAACAUUUGGAUCUUAUUGACUCAUUAACCAUCUAAAUGUAUUGAAAGCAGAAGACUCUUCUACACCUAUAAUUAUGCCAACUCUUCCUGAUUAUCUGGGAGUCUCACAGUCACUGAAGCAGACUCUGAGGGUCUCCCACAUGGGUCAUCAAACUUUCAAGAUAAAAGAGGAUUUGGUUCAGCUCCACACAGAAACAUCACAUUCGAACUCCAGAUUUCCCACAUCUAAUGUUAUCUGCCCUUUUAUUAAUAUUAGGGUUCUUAUCUUAAUUUUCUUGACUGCACUUAGACUGUUUCAAAGUAGGGAUUACACUUUCUUCUAAACAACAACCACAACAGUAACUGAGUCUGAUUGGUUGAGUUUUCAACCAAAAAAUCUCUCAUGAAUUUACUGAGAGGGGUCUUUCCUGUGAAGGGGGAGAGGGAGGGGGGACUGCACACAUUAUCUAAGCUUUACAGGGGAUAGGUUACGUCAGGCAGAUGCAAAAGUGGCAUCUGGCGCUAAAGGAAAAAUCUGCAGAUUUUGAAUCUCCAGAUCUUGGCAGUUCUGCCUAUAUUCACUAAUAAUUAUUAACUACAACCACAGACGUUUUUAAAUUUUUUCUUUGCAGCCACAGCUGAUGUUUAUAGGAAUAAAGGAAAUGAGGCCUUCAAGAAAGGAGAUUUCAUCAAUGCUAUUCAUUUUUACACCAAAGGAAUUAAAAUGAACUGCAAUGACAAAGAACUAAAGGCCAAACUGUACAACAACAGAGCUAUUUCACAUUUUAAACUUGGUAAGAUGAUGAGAGCUUUAAUAUGCAUUUUUUUCCCUUUUGAAGCUAUUGGUCUGUUAAUAGUAGUUUUCUGAAAAAGGUGAUAAUUUUGAAUGUAGGCCUUGUCUUGGCCUCUUAAACAUACAAAGAAGUAACCUCUUACCCCAGAUAUCAGUGAGCAUCACAAGUUUUCCCUAAAAUUGUUGUAAUGGUGGUUGGUUAAAAUGCUACUUGUAUGGCUGAUCAGAGAUAUUUAUUUCAAUAACAGGAAAUCGCCAGUAUAUUCACUACGGAAUGCAGAAGCAGCCAUUGAGUUAACUCCAACUUUCCUUGAGGCAAUAAUAUGAGAGGUUAGAUAUGAUAGCUGUGCUAUAAUAAUAAUAAUAAUAAUAAUAAUAAUAAUAAUAAUAAUAAUAAUAAUAAUAAUAAUUUCAGUUCUAAUAGACUCCUUCUUUUGCUCUUACAAAGCGCUAAAACACUUGAAACAUCAGCUUUAGAAAUUCUUUACAGUGGCCAAUUUACGUUAUCAACUCAGUUAAUGAAACCAGAUAAUCUCUUUCUAACAGUCUCUGCUUUUUUUCUGAUUGCAUUUUUUAAUGUCAAUGGCUUUAGUUCUAUGAACUCAAACUAAGUGCAGUUUAUUAAAUCCACUUGGUUUUAAUUUUACAAGAAUAUACAAAAUCAAUCAGUAUCAUAUUUUUCAGUUAUAAAAUAAACUAUUUGUUUUUUAUACUCACAGGAUGAAUGGUUUGGCAAGCUUGAAAACAGCUUUCAGGGUGAAUCUGGCCUUUAAAAUGAUGCAAAAGUUCAAUCCUUCAAAGAACCUGCAGAAAAAAAGCAAUGAAUGAGACAUUACAGUUUAAUUUAUAUCAUUUAUUUACUAAAAUCUGUCAGAUAAAACCAUAUUCUGUACUCUACCAGCAAAAUAAUUGUAAUACAUCCACUGAUAUAAAAAGUUAUCAGCAUCAUAAGGUGCAUUUUACCAGUACCAGUAUAAUUCACCAAAUUUAUCAUCUGACUUCUGACUUUGUUGAUUUGGUUGCUAAUAUUUGAAGUAGGUAUAUGUUUCCAUCAGUACAAACUUCUCUUACCUAUUUUUUAAUAGUUUGUAAAAUUUCUUUGCCAAUUGAAUCAAACAAAGGUUUGCAUCAUCAUCCUCUCCAUGGAUAACAACUGUGAAUUUGUCAGUGACAAGAGUUUUCUUGAUGUACUCUUCUACAUUCUGAAUUCAGAGAUCAAACAAAGAUGAUUAACCCACAUUAUAGUUAUAAUGAAUAAAGCUUUGCACCAUCUUCCUUUACAUGAAUAACAACUGUGAAGUUGUCUGUGACAAGAUUUUCUUGACGUACUGAGUACAUCAGGAAAAAUCUUGUCACUGACUUCUACAUUUCUGAAUUCAGAGAUCAAACAAAGAUGAUUAACCCACAUGUAGUUAAUGAUUGGUAAUACAAGAUGUAAAAUCUUGGAUUACAGGAAACAAAAAAUUUACCUUAAUUUCAAUGCAUUUUGCACAAAAGGGAAUAACUGAAUUGUAUAUAACCAUCAUGUGAGUAUCUACACUGCACUUUCAACUGGAUCCCAAAUAUCCUGAGCAGAGCGUGCAUCUAAUUACCACCUUAGAAAGUUUUCUUUUGGAUAACAUAGUCAUUAACAUAGUUUAGUCAUUAACAUAGAAUUAAAGAAAUACUCUCACUUGGGAGCAGAGAUUGUCAGUAAGCAUCUUUGAUUUUGACCUUCGGAACAGUUUUGAUACCAAAGGUACCUUCCCACCGUUCAAAAGGAAAACAUCAUUGCCUGAUUCAUCACAGUGAUCUGAAUAAAGAAAUAUUGAAAACUCCUUUCAGAAAAGAUUAUCAUACCACUUUUAAGACUUAUUUUCUUAAACUACAUGAACCAAACACUCAAGCCCUUGGGAUUUCAAUCACUCACCACUUUUUGUGAAGAAAGAGCUGACAUCAUAUUCAUCACAAGUAAGAUGAGAUUGCUCCAAAGCAAUGCAAUGUACUUCAACCUGUGAGUCUGCAUGGUUUGAAAAAUUUUGGUUAAAUAGUGACAUUUCCUUUUAAUUCAAUUGUAGUUAAUUCAUCAGAGGAAAUCCUUAAAUUAAUUAUACAUUAAUUAUCUCAACCCAGACAAUCACACAACUUUUCACACACCUUGCAGUUGAAAUCUCAUGCAAUACAAAAUGGUUAACAUAAAAAAAACCUUUCACCUUUAGGUAUUUUAUCUAUCAUUCAUAGGAAAAUACUCAUCAGAUACAAGAGCUUACUGUCAGUAAAACCCUGAGCAUGAUAGAAUGUUAUUGCGGCCUUAAAUUUUUCACCACAAAGAUAGUUACAUUACAAUUUACCUUUCUCAAUGUCCUCUGUUGUUGGCCUAACCGCUGAAGACUUUCGUGGCCAUUUGAACCAUCAGGAUUUCUAAUCAAGAAUAAAAUCAUUCAAUCAUUAAUCAAUGAUCAGCCCAUGUUGAUUGAACUUCUUAACCACUGUCUUGAUUUUUAAACAGGUUAACUGUCUACAUUACUUAUUCUAUAGUAAACAUUUUCCUUCUCAUAAGCCUAGGAUGACUGUUAAUGAGCCCACUGAUAAUUUAGGUUAUCCCAAGGAAAAUCAACAGCCACCACUUGCCAAAGGACACUCCUACAUCAUCAUUUGGCAAAUGAAGGUAAAAAUAAAAUCAAUAAAUUUUAAUGAAUGAAUAUACAAAAUUAAAUAAAUCAAAGGUUCUUUUAUACCAAAUGCAAGUUGAACUUUCUACUUCCAAUCUUCUUUCCACUGGGCUCAGGUGAUGAUGGGGACUGGGGAGGUUGAUCAACAGGGGGGUCAGAGCUUUCCUGAACAAGCACUAUAUGAAGAGGUCAAAUGGUUGACAAUUUGAAUGUUUAUUUUUAUGUUUAUUAGAUAUGUAAACAUUCACAGAAAAUUCAUUGAUUAUUCCCCAUGAUAAAACAUCAACUAUAUUUCACUCAUGGCGAGGUUUAUACUGAGUCUACAAAUGCAUAAUAAUUGCAAAUGACUCUUUCUUCAGCUUAACCCUAUUUAACAUGUUCCUUCUUCCUGUAAUAUUCACACAUCAUCUGGCAAACAGGUAGUGAGAAUUCUCAAACUUAUCUGGUAGAACUUUUUACCUUGAUCUAAUCAAAUACUCAUAACUAAUUUACAAGGAAAUGUGUAGCAGCUAAUGGGGAGAAUUAACAUUCAGAUAUUUAAGUUAAAGAGUUAAAACACUGGCAAAUUUUACAAAAGUUAACUAUCCUAAGUAAUAACAGAUUGAGAGAAUAUUCCAACUGGAAUAUACAAAAGGCUAACCGCAGCCCUUGGCUGAACUACUUGCAAUAGAACAUACUCAUUAAACAGCAGUAAUUACCUUCUUGACUGGGGACAUCAAUUGCUGGGGAGGCCUUGUAUUUCUGAGCUGGAAUUGGAGUCCCUCCUCCAGGCUCAAAGACUGCAUUAAGACAAAAAGCUAACUAUCCUAAGUAAGAACAGAUUGGGAUAAUAGUCCAUUGAGGAUACAAAAGGCUAAUGGAAACCAUGGCUGAACUUAUUACAAUAGAGCAUACUCAUGAAACAGCAGUGAUUACCUUCUUGACUGGGGACAUGGACUGGAGUUCCUCCCUCAGGCUCACAGACUGCAGUAAGACUCUAACUUGGUGUCACUUCACUAUAGGAUGAUGUCAAGAUUCCAAACACAUUUAAAGAUGAUGCACUUCUAUUACCAAAAUCUCUCUCUGACUGUUUACCCUGCUUGCUACCCUUACAACAACGUCCCGCAGGCUUGAUGUGGCUGCUUCUAUUAUGCUUCCAAUGUAAAGGUCAAGCUGCUGUUCACUGAUUUUUAUUGACUCUCUAGAACUGGGAGUAGCAUUCUGAAAGUAAUACAUUGUUAUAAUUAUUUCUUAGCAGAAAAACUGUGAAAGAGAAAAGUAUAAAUAAACUUCCCAUUUGCUGUUAUAAUAUUACUGACAAUGAUUAAUUUAAAAAGGUAUUUAAAAGUUAUGAUUGAUUCUUUUGAUACAAAUUGUUCCUGAAGCACAGCAUGCACUACACUUAUUUGAAACCCCAUUUGAAGCCAGCCAGUGUAGACAUAAUUCUAUAUUUAAACUCAAGAACCGGGUACUUAAUAGGCUCCUAGCUUUAAGGCAGCUAAUGCAUCAAGUUUAAAAUGAAAAAAGUUACAUGUUUUUUACGUAUUUAAAAGGAGAAAAGACACUUUAGAAAAGUAAAGUAGAAACUAUUACCCUGGUCUUGAUUCCUUUAGAGGUUCAAGUAGUUCAUGUAUGAUAUUCACACUAAAUCUUAAUUCUUUAGAGUUCUGUCACAAUAUACAGACUGGUAAACCAAAAGCUGGUAAAUCCUUAUAGGUUCAUGCAUAGUGGACUCAAAGAGAUUUGAUAAACAGGGUUUGAAAAUAAGGAGAAUCUAGUGCACUUUAGACAAGGUUAGUUAGUUUCCAAUUGGGAAAUGUUGAAAAUAAGCUAAAAAGUGCGCCAUUGCAAUGUGUAAAAUAAUCCAACUGCGCUCUUUCUUAAAAAAGGUAGAUUAUUGCAUUUCUAUGACAAUGAGACCCUCACCAUAUAAAUUGAGUGUCCAGCAAUUCGACAAAGAAACGGCCGCCAUACUAAAGUGAACGUUUGAAGAAAAUGAACGAGCAGCUGAAGAUUUCUUUCCUCUCUAUCGAUCACUUAGAGUUCUCCUUCACGUUUUUGGACAGAGAUACUCUGUCCAAUACUCUCUAAUACUCUCCUUUCAUAACGUCUGCCAGACGAUCGAUUGGGAUCGUUAGAGAAGUUCGCCAUGUUUUAGCCUUAAAUUUACUCCCUGCCCCUCCCCUGUAAAGACAGUGUUUUGACUCGUAACCAGGGUCCACGCCGUGCCCUGACACUUUUCUUGGGAAGAUUCCUUUUAAGUCAAGAGUGGCGAUCAUCCCCAAAAAUUGAAAAAGUUAUUUCGAACAAAAAGAAUAACGAAUGAGAUUAGCAAUUCAGUAUAAACGGAACCUCGCUAGUAAAUAAGUCUCCAGCCUGUAAGCGCGCGCAAAAAUACCGCACUAUAGCACAAAAACCUUCUUGUUUAGAUAUUCCAUCUUGCAAUGUUUUCCAUGGUGCUAUGUUGUCUUGAAAAUAUUUCGUUUUGUGCCUAUCCCUUGUCCACACCUACCUAGUAUCCUUUCCACCUGCUACAGUCUGAGAUUCUUGAUAACUUUGCUCCUGAAUGAAGCGCGCGCAUUUUAUUCUCAUUUCACGCGUGAAAAGAUCCACUUGCCCCGACAAAAUCUUUCCGAAUUCUCAUUGUUCUUCAUUCUGCGCAUCUUGAUUUGGCAGACUUUUAUGUUUAUUAGUUAGCGGUAGCUGUCAAUAAUUAAGAAUAGGAUUUCCUUGCGCUUGCUUUGGUACCCGCCCUUUGGAGUUUUUUUGGUUCCCAGCUCCGUUUUUUUUUCCAUGCUCCGCGUUCAUUUCAGUGUUACUUUUCACUUGAGUUUUGGGGAUAUGAGUCCAAUCAAAAAAACAGUAGUGAAAACACUUGCGUGAUGCAUAGAAUUUGUUCAAGGAGAAGCUAAGUGAUCGCAAAAGUAACAUUACAAACACCGCGCAAAAUGUUGAUUUUAUCUAUUAUAUAUUAUUAUAUAUUAUUUCCGCUUUAAUAUUACUUUUAGCUAACCCUUUCCCAUUAUUCAGUUAUUUAUUUUUGGCAUCAAAUUUCCUUGCGUUUACAUCUGGUCCUUCAUUCCCUACGCUUAGUCUCUUGGCUUCCUCUUCCAACACAUAUGAAUUCUCCUUUUUCUUCUAAUAUAAAGACAACUCAACUUUAUGUAUGCAGGAGCCCAAAGGCCUGGCACACGACAAAUUCCGAAUGUGUCCGACGAAAUAUAGCUAGGAGCUUAUUUCAACCACCCUAAGUACAAAAAAAUUAACAACGAAUAGUACUCACGUUUACAGGGCUCAUCUCUUUGAUUGCUUCCAUCACUUUCUUCAAUUUUCCUCCGAAUGACUUAUGAAGCGCCUAACUCCAACCAACGGAAAGUUAUAAUGACGGGUUGUAAUUUUCGCGCGUCGUGAUUACGUAACAGACGAGAUAAUAAACCAAUCAACAGAUUAGCAAGUAUACGUAACUUUUACCUCGUUUUCAGGCGCCUUUGCUCUGGUUCAGGAAAGGGCGGGAAACUGCCCGAGUGCGCAAACUGCUGGGGAGGAGGUUAUUGACAGAUUUUAAUAAAUGUUCGCCCAUUGACUACCUCAAAGCGAUUGCAAAAGCAACAGACAAGUCCAAGAAACGAGACUGAGAAAGAUCGGGAGCUUAUCAGGAAAAACAAAGGGGUGCGUCGUUCCGCAGGUAAACCAGUAUAGGGCUGCCGGUUUCUUUGGCCACCACGAUGCGCUGACCACUGACCGCGAGAAUUUAACACAGACUUCUCGCAAAUAAAGGGUUCUGGAUAGAAGAGUGAGAAAGAUCGGGAGCUUUCCAGGAAAUAAUGAAAAGAGCGCGUCCUCCCGCAAGAAAACCAAGUCUGCAAGCAAGCUGUUUUGUCGUUGAUGCUUAGUUUGCUUGCGAACAUAUGAAAAUGAGAGAAACAUAUGAGUGCUAAGUUCUACUUCGUACGUAGCAUGAAACCACUUGGCUAUAAAUUAACAAACAUUCCUCGCCAAAAGUAAGCUUCGCUCAUCGACCUGUAAAUGAUACAAAAGAGAUGAUAUUAAACCUUUGACCACAAGCAGUGACCACUAAGUAAUUUUGGCCACAAGUUCAUUACACAGUUUGACGGAGAGGCAAUGAAAAGACAAAAAGUGACUAAACUGGAUUGAAACUUUGAUAUCACAGCAAAUUGUCUAUAUCAAAAAGCAUGUUCUGUAUGCUCUUUUUCUGUUACAUGCCUAACAACUCACAUCCUAUCACGUACCAUUAAAACAGCGUCCGAAGUCCGUUAGAACAUACCCAGUCGUUGCACUACAUGAACAUUAGUCAAUUUUUUACGUGCUUGAAUUGUAUUCCACCAACCAAAUUCGCAUCUACGCGCGCCCGGGUAUUAUUCACUAUUCAUGACUCAUUUCCUCGGGAAAGUUCACAAUGUAUCAUCAACUUUUGGUUUUCCUGAGAAUGUCACGCAAUGGUAAAAACAUCAGUAUGGUCGUAAAACAAAAAGUGAGUCAUUUGGAUCCUGUCGCAGUCGAGUAAACAUCUUUGGUGGCAGCGAGAAAUUUUUAACGCUUGCCAUCCCCAGCUCGAAGCGUUGCUUCUAAGUUAUCACGAGCUAAAUUUCAGAGGAGUAAAAUCAAAAUAUUCCUACGUCGUGAGAUCACUAGGAAAAGAGUACCCUCUCGACACCGUUCGUGUUAUAAGUCACCUUCUGAAGAAGUCAUCAAAAUAUCUUCGGUCUUGCAAAAUUUUACAAAUUUAACAGGUUCUUAAGGACGAAUUCAACGCUGCAUCGCUGACGAAACGUCGUUUUAAGGUAAGCUCUGAAAUAAUUAAUUAGACCAAGUGGAUUUUUGUCUCACCCACUCGCAGUGUUCCAUCAGUAACAUUGCCAGUUUGUAUUAACAAAAAAAAACUUUUUACAUUGUAAAAUAAAGACAAUCCGGUAUGAGGCGUGGGGUCCUGGUUUCAUAUAGGUCUUUCAGCAAAGUGAGCCGGCAACAACACACUAGACCAUAUGAUCGCAGACAAGAGCAAGUUAUGAAAAUGUUAUCGAUCUAAAGUGCUGUGUCCCUGCUUACUCUAUUUCUUAGAAGAAUAUUUAGUGAGAACCGAGAAAACUGAGUGUUACGAGAUAAUCUGAAGCCUUUUUCCUUUUUAUUUUGAUUAUAAACUACCGUCUACGUGUUACAUCCUGUUCUCAUUAAAGAAAUUGAAAGAGGGAGCAGUUGUCAUAAACACAUGUUUCGAGGGGAAGAUGUAAAACGCUCCUUGCUUAUUAAAUGAUACAAAACUUGACAGGUAUUUUCAGUCAGAGAAAAAUUUAAGGCAACAAAUCAAAAUACGAAUUCUUUGACACAUUAUUUGACUUCUUCUGAAAAAAUGUAGGUUAUAUUAAGAACAUAGCGUAGCUGAAUAUUUAUCAGCACACCUUUGGAAAAUGAAAAUAAGCUGAAAUCUAGCUCGCACAUACAUUCUGGAACAAAUGAUCGUCUUCUUUGCUCUUUUUUUUUUGUCCUACAUAAAUUAACAAGCAAACCCCUGCUCCUCGUUCUUUUUCGUCAUAACUCGAGUCGAAAAUCUUACGAAAAUUUGAAAUGGGUUUGCCUAAUUGCGUUUGUUUGUUCCACAUAAAAUCAUGAGUGCACCACGUGCUACCUGUUCGAGUUUUUCAUUGAAAGCAUUUUGGAUGGCGAAUAUUUAUCUAUUAGUUUAGUUUGAAAUGACAAAAGGAUAUAGCCUAAUAUGAAAGAAAGAAAACAUUACAAUUAAUCCAAGUCAUUUCGUUAGUGCCAUACCUCCUGACUGUGGUGUACUCAAAGUUCUACGGAGCAUGCCCGAAGGUGUUAGGUUGCAAAAACAACAUGGCGCGAUCGGUAAGAUGUAAAGAUCUUGUAGAUUAUAAUGCACUAAAUAAUCUUUCCUCAGCGAAUUUUGAAACAGCUUCUAAAGGCAAAAUAAAAUAUAAACCCGGGGUAAAAUUGUAUCAAGUGGAAAGAAUUGCCAGCAAGCGGAAAUCGUCGGACAAAGUUUCGCAUAUUAUCAUGAUAAUUGUGCAGAGUUGAAAACAGUGGACUGCUGAUUUUAUGACCAGCGUAUUUGCGUGUGGACUAUAAUUAAUCAGAUUUAAAUUACACACCGUAAUAUGCGUGGCUAAAUUUCCAAAGUAGCUACCAAAACAAUGAAAAAAAGAGUGCCGAUACGGCGAGCGUUUUCUACAUUUUUCGCCUUGUUGUGAGACAUCCUUGGUGAAAAUCUUUGAAGGAUCUUUAACGAUCCUACAAGAUCUUUAUCAGAACCUUUGAAGAUCUUCAAAGCUCUUGUUCAGAUCUUCAAGGAUCUUUCAUUUUCUUGCCAAGAUCUUCAAGGAUGUUUCGUUUUCUUGCUAGGAUCUUCAAGGAUCUUCAAUGUUCUUGUCAAGAUCUUCAAGGACCUUUCAUUUUCUUGCCAAGAUCUUCAAGGAUCUUUAAUUUUCCUGUCAAGAUCCUUGAAGAUCUUGUCCGGAUCUCCAAAGAUUUUGACAAGAACUUUAAAGAUCCUUUAAAGAUAUUUGAAAACUCUUUGAGGAUCUUCCAAAUUCUUGUUAAGAUCUUUGAGGAUCUCUCAUUUUCUUGCCAGGAUCUUUAAGGAUCUUUUACUUUCCUCUCAAGAUCGUUCAGGAUCUUGGCAGGAAAAUUUUGAAGAUCCGUAAAGAUCUUGGCAAGAAAAUUAAACAUCUUGGAAAAUAAAAAAAAUAAAGAAAAUAAAAGACCCCUGAAGAUCUUGGCAAGAAAAUCAAAGAUCUUUGAAGAUCUUGGCAAGAAAAAGAAAGAUCCUUGAAGAUUUGAACAUUUAUUUUUUAUCCCAUACAUUUCUUUAUAAUUGUUUCUUGGCCAAGGCGUGGAGAGGUCAAGUAUCAUCGAUACCUCGGAUUUCUGGUAAUGGAAGACUACCUUGUCGUCUCAAAUAGAGUUAAUUAAUACUUAGAAACGAAAUUACCAUCAGAAAAGCAAGUACAAGGAGGCAGUUGGGAGGGGGAUUUUUGGGAUAUGUAUAUUUCUUUUUCUUUUGCUUCCAUGACCUAGUCUACUGAUUACAAAUUUUAUUUCGCCAAUUAAAUUCCAUUUUGCCAAAUGAGACUUCGCUCCAUCACGUGUCGUUUCCUUGUAAACAACUUGCAUUUAGUCACGUAUUCUGGCCGCAGUAUCCAAACCCACUGGAAAAAAUUCACACUAAAUGCUACUGAUAGUGAACUUUUAACGCAAUUCUCCUGCGUUCUGACUUUUUCUACAAAUAAACUCGGCUUUUAACUGCCUUGGACUUAAUCCAAUCAUGUGUUUAUUCCUUGUAAACAACCUGCAUUUUAUAAGGUAUUUCACACACAGUGGGCAAAGGCCAGAUAGCAACAACUAAUCAAGGAGCCCCCUCUCAAAUAUUAUCAUUUUCUCUUGUGAAAUGUAUCUUCAUUUGGUCGAGAUCGCAGUAUAAUUAUCUUUGGUUAGAGUCUAUUGGAGAUGCAACAGAGUUUCAGUUUGCUUUUCGUAGUAAGAUUACAUGGAAUUGUAUUUUUCAGGCAUCUAACUGUAGACGAAUAAUUUUAAUUUUCUCUCUGUUGGAGGAACAGCAGUAAGCGUGGUCUCUUUCGCAACUAUUAUUUGGUCUCAUCACGCUACGCGCUCUCUCUCCGUCGGGGAAUAGAUGGCGUUGUGUGACGAGACCAAACAACUGCUGCGAAGGAGAAAACAGUAAGCGUGGCACCAAUCCAUUUUAUUUUUGCUUAGAAGUAUUUAGACAGUAGAGAAAAUAGACCACAAGAUACCUGUGUGAGUUCAGCCAAAUUGUCUUUUUUCUCUCUCUCUUAAGGUGAAGUAAUGCAAUAUUUUCGAUCUUUUAUAAAGUUAUGCUCUUUUUCUGUUACGAAAAUGAAAACAUUAGGUACACAAAGUGUCCCAUCUCAUCCCACCCGGUCAAAAAAAAUAACUCUUGCAUGCUACGCAUGCCUAUGUUUUUACUUGGAAGCCAGAAAAUUCACAAUACACCAGAUUAGUGUAAGUGACAUUAGUGCAUUACCAUUACCUUGCUUUCUUGAGCUGUACUGGGAAAUAUUGGCACUAUGACAUUUCUAUACUGCCGUAACCUUGAGCCAAUAUUCCCUGGUAAAGACUCGAGCUCCAAUGGUUAGUAAGAAGUUCGUAUAUACACUGGAUAUGCAUCUCAGGCUAUUUUGAAUUCCAGAACAAUUGAUUUCCUUGUUACUCUACAUUUCUUGAAAUUUUUUGUAGGUGAAGACAGCCAGCAAGGAUUUUAUGAUAUUUGAAAAACAACCAGUCUAGAUUAUCAGGAUAAUGAAAGUUAGCAUCAAAGACAAAUCAUUUCUGUGCACAAAACAAUGUAAACAUGAAAUAAUUGCAAAAACAAUUAGUUUAAUAUACAUAUACUGGUAAACCACAAACAUCAGCACCUGUACCAAAUUGAAAUCAAUAUCAACAUACAUCAGCAUGUACUAGUGUAUAUAUUUCAUUGUUUUUCCUGUCUAACUAACAGCCAGCUGCACAAAUAUGGAUGUCGGUUCAACUGGAGGAAAUUGAAUAAAAAACUUACAUAUUUUGUAAGUUUUGAUCAGUAAUCCCUAUUUAAAAAUCAGAUAAGAGAAUUUACUUUGGUUUUGUAUAAGUUGUUUCUUAUGAGAUAGGACUCAGCAUAAACUCUCUCCUCUUGUGGAGACAUGGUGGCCUUAUGAUUAGUGAGGUGGAGUCAGGGUCAAGAGAUCUGCAUUUGUAACCUGGCCAGGUCAUGUGUUUUGUUUUUGUGCAAAAUAAUUUACUCUCGCAGUACCCCUCUCCACCCAGGAGUAUAAAUGGGUACCAGAAAUUACUCAGGGGAGCCUGAUGAAAUGGCAGGAGGAAAGGGGGGGGGGUUACCAUGGGGCGGACUGUCAUCAUGUCUAGGGAGGAGUAAUAAUACCUAGUCGCUUCAUGUGAGGAAUCCAGGAUUAUAAGCUAAGGGCCUGAAUAGGCCACUCUUAAAUACAGACUUUACCUUACUACCUACUACAGCCUCUGAUUUAAGUAACUUCUAUUGCUGCUUUUACAAAUUAUAUGAACUUCCAACAUACACAUGAUGAUUUUUGCCCAAUUUAUCUCAGUCAAUUAGGACUGUCUUGUAAAUCUUGAAAUUUUAAAAAAUCCAGACAGAGGCGGAGUUUCAAAAAAAGUUUCAAAAAUCCAGACAGAGGCAGAGUUUUCUAUAUUAUAGUAGGCUUCCUGCCAUCUGACGAGACGCGUAAUUAAGCACACAGUGGUAAAGGGCCCUUCCGUAGUAGCUACAAGAAGCUGACAAAACUUUUUGUACCUUUUCACUACUGCCUAAGUAGUGCACAUCACUGCGAAGAUCACUUUCAUUCAAAACUUUUUCUCUCUACCGAAAAUCACAUCAAAAUUUGUCCUUGCUAAAUUUCAAGUGUGCUGCACGUAUCAGCUCCCCCCGGGAACCCCUAUGUAUAAGAGGGUGAGGAUGCGCGCCGGGAAUUUCGAAAACGACCCCUAUAAAAUUAUAAAAGGUACCUGAGUCUUAUCCGUGUGGGAGUGGCAAGAACUGACAUCUACCCCUAUAAAGUGCCAAUUUAAACACAAAAAAAUUUAAUCUCAAAAAUAAGAACUUCUUUAUCGAUGUGCUCUAGAGGCUCAAGUCAGAUCAUUAAAAUCGUCCUAGUGCCUAUUAAAUGCUUAUUUCAGGUAUUUGAUUGAGCGAAAAACACCCUAAAAGGUACCCGCUAAGUCUCUGGCUGUCCACUAAAGUUUGAGACACCGUAAAAGGUACCAGAUCACUGAUUUUGACCCCUGAAAGGUACGACAAGCAUCCUCACCCAUUUCCGAUCGCCUCCUCCCCCACCCUCCCCCACCAACCCUGUCAGCACCUAAAAAAAAAAAGAUGUGAUUUGCCAAUUACGAGCCGUCAGUCUCACCUCGUAAAAUUCACGUAAACUGGUUAUUUACUAAUAAAAACUUUAGGCACUGAUCUGUCAGAUUUUUUUUUUUAUGCGGAAAAAAUCUGUCCUGCUUCAGGCAGGACGGCUGUACUUUUUUUUGUUUUGUUCGUCUUGACAUAAUUUGGUAGGGAUUAAAAUAACUGUACGUCUGCAUUUGUGAAACAGACUAUACAAGUCCAGAACUCGAUGUGUGCACUUCUAGUGUAGUAAGUAUUCUUUUGUAACAUGGCGAAAGAUCUUGCGAUGUCUACUGUUCAAGCCUUUUUCUCUUUUCAAAGAGGCAUCAGAAUUAUUUUCAUGUCAAAUUUGCAGUAAACUGCUUGCGUGCCAUCCUUUGUUUUCAAGGUGUCCGACCAGGUAUGACUGAAAAUGGCACCUCACUUUGAUAGGAAUCCUUUUGUUGUUGCUUCUUACUUCCUGGAAUUAUCACUUGAAAUUCGCUCGGUAAUGUAAAAAAAAAAAAACAAUAACAACGCGAGCAUGGGCUUAAUGUAAGAAAACAAAUCGUGCAAUUGGCAAAAUACCCCCCCCCCCCAUCAAAAAUCUAAUGGUCUGUCAAUAAGGUACCUUUUACAUUAUUCCAAAAUGGGUUUCAUCCCGGAAUGAAAUGAAUUUCAUACCGCGUUUACAUGCAAGAUAGUUUAGAUUAUAAAAACAAGUAGUAAAAACAAGUAUUUACGUCCCUUUCCUAUGCUUCUCUCGCUCCUAAAAAGGAUUCAUACAGAUAUGAGUGUCGAACCGCGUUUACUUUAUACAGGUACAAAAGGUCAUCCAAAAUAAGUGUUUCGUUCUGGAAUGAAAACCUCAAUAAACUCAUUCAGAAAUGACUCUUUUCGAAUAAUUUUACUCUGGUAUCAUGUGGCAACCGGGAUGAACUCUUUCUUGAACAAAACUCAUUUCGAUAUCGUGUAAAAGGCCCCUAAGAGUUUUUAUUCCCAGAGCAUCAUGCUUUGCUUUCCUGCCAGAACACUAUAAAUUUCAAUUGCGUUGAAGCAACAGCCCGCUUUGAACUGCUACGCUGCCACUGAAACAACGAUUAGUGACCACAAAAGUAACAUAUUGUAAUAUUGUCAAUUCAACAUAAACAAAAAUCUUCAUACAGGGUAAAUAUUCAUUUGUGUUGGUAUCAAUUAUUGCGUGACUAGCUUCUCACAUAACUGGCAUGGGAUAGGGGAAAACACAACGUAAAUACCCAAGCGCAAUAUAAUGACCGAAACAGCUUAAUGGUCUUAUAAAAUCAUAAAUAAACUAGGUAAGAGUGUUAUGUUAGAUUUUUUUUACAAAUUGUAGUGAUUUAUGCCUCGAUAUGUCAAUAAAAGGUGGCGACAAGUAGGCACACCAUGUAUAUUUCAUUGUCGCUAGCAAGUAAAUUUUGUCGGACUUUGAGUUCGUCUCACGAUAGAACAACACAAUUACACAAGAAAAUUUUUACAGUAACGUUAUAACCAUCCCUUUGUUUUAAAAGCUAGAAGCUCAGUAGAUUCUGUCAUUUCGGUCACUGUUAAAACUGUCUUUGUUUUGAUGCUACUUUUCGACAUAGAAAAAGUAUGUCGGACAAAAAUAUUCACCAAAAAAUAAAUAUUUUUUUUCCAGCCUCAAUAAUGUCAGGGGCUUAAGUUAAGAUGAUAAAACAAAGGAUUAUGCCGACAGAAAUACCGGAGGUCAAGUAAAUUCGUUACAUGAGGUCACACAAUUCGGGUAAUAUUCAGAGUGAAAAUUUGCAUAUUUGAGCGGUCGAACGAAAAAAAUCAUUUCUCAGAAACUAAAAUAUUUUCACAAAAAAACUGCACCACAAUUAUUAGGACAUAUGAGGCUACAAAAUAUGAAAGUAGGAGAGGAAACGAAUUUGGCCGACUUGCCGCUGUUGGUGUGAUGCAUGUUGAUAUUAGCUCUUAACUGGCUUCUGGUUUUGUGUCUAUGUAUCCCUCCCAUUCUCAGAAGGGAAAAAAUAUUUAUUUUGCCACUGGGUAAUAUGUUGAGAUGAUGUUUACAAUCAUUUUCAAUCACCUUUUUUUCAGGCCAGGAUGACUUAAAAGAACAACUUUUUAAGAAGCAUCAGUCUUCUUACAGUUGCUAUGGCUACAGGAAGAAGUUCAAUUAAAGUUCCAUGUGAAAAUGAAGACUUACCUGACAAAGAAAAUGCACCAGAUUUUGACGAGGACACUUUACGAGGUGAGCAAGGUUCAACUUCGGCUUCAGUAAUUGCUAGAACAAUUUCUAGUGGAUCAGUUUCAAGAAUGCCAGCAGAUGUGGGAAAGGAUAUAUACAGUGUAUGACCGCUUUAAAGGAUAUUUGGCCAGUCAUGACUCUCUUCUAUGAUUACAAUAUGCUGUUCAUUGAGAAGAUCUAUGACACAGAAACCUUUGUUAUUUUCUUUUCUAACAGUGCAGAGCAGUAACACAAAGUUAUAAUAAGUUAAGACUUUAUUUGAUCAUCAUAUAACAUCCAUUGUGUAAGUUUGCAUCAUAGGUACCAUCAUCAUCAUCUUUCUAUUUCAGUGAAACAUAAUCACUUUGAAACCUUAACAUUCCCUCCUUUCUCCUCGAGCAACCCACAGGCAUUUGAUCUUCAUCCAAGCCAAAGAGGGUGGGGAGGGGGGGAGGGGGUUUAACCCUGCCUGACUGGCGUUAGGGAAUUUGAAUAAAAACUGUCACAUCUAAUUUCCAGUAGAGUACAAGUGUUAAUUAUCAUUGAAUAUGGAGGUGUUUAAGGCAGAUAGUGCUCUUUCACUAACAACUGUCUCAGAAGAAAUAAGGCUUCAAGGUCUAGGUUUUAAAGCUUGGUCAAUUAGUUUUUAAAGCUUGAUCAAUUAGUUGAAAGUGAAAUUGCUAAUUAUUUCGCCUUUUACAUAAGAUUGUGUGGGGCAUUUGAACAUUUUAUUAAUUUUGCCCAGGGAAUAGGAAUAUUAGGAAAACUAUAUCCAAAAUCUCUCAUCUCCAGGGGUUUGCCUCAAGUUGAGUGAUGCUUAAUUCUCAUCAUUAUUCUUACCCAUGUUGUCACCUACAUUGUUAGCAUCAUCAUAACUAUUGAAAAUCUGCGGAUUUUAAAUCUCCAGAUCUUAACAGCUCUGACUAUACACGAAUAAUUAUUAACUACGACCACAGACUUUGACACCCAUUUUUAAAUUUUUUUUCGAAUUAUUUUAUUUUUUCUUUGCAGCCACAGCUGAUGUUUAUAGGAAUGAGGGUAAUGAGGCCUUCAAGAAAGGAGAUUUCAUCAAUGCUAUUCAUUUUUACACCAAAGGAAUUAAAAUGAACUGCAAUGACAAAGAACUGAAGGCCAAACUGCACAACAACAGGGCAAUCGCACAUUCUAAACUUGGUAAGAUGAUGAGAGCUUUAAUAUGCAUUUUUUUACUAUUUUGAAGCUAUUGAGUUGUCAGUAGUAGUUUUCUGAAAAAGGUGAUAAUUUUGAAUGCAUGCCCGGAAAAUUUUACAUCUUAUCUUGGCCUCUCAAAUAUACAAAGAAGUAACUUCUUACCCCAGAUAUCAAUGAGCAUCACAAGUUUUUCCCAAAAUUAUAGUAAUGGUAGUUGGUUUGCAACAUGUAUGGUUAAUCAGAGAUAUUUAUUUCAAUAACAGGAAAUCACCAGGAUUCACUAAGGGAUGCAGAAGCAGCCAUUGAGUUAAAUCCAACUUUCCUUAAGGCAAUUGUGAGAGGUUAGAUAUGGUAGCUGUACUAUAAUAAUAAUAAUAAAAAAGAACUCAACACUCUAAGGUUAAAUGAGGUUAAAUGGAUUUCAUCUUGUCUAAAUGGACUUUAAUUAAGAGGUCGAGACCACCCUGAUGUACGUUUGAAUCUUGCUCUUGACUGCUACGCCAUUACUUCCAUUAAUCAUGAUGAGAAUAUUAUUUUGAACGGGAUGAAGAACUCAAUGCGGAAUGCAAAGCAAAAUUUCAGCAUGAAUAUUUUAGUUCCUUAAGUUCAAUGAGUCACAGGUGUCAGAUAUGUUAAGAGCGUGUCCACGAGAGCACCGGGCAGUCGUGCUACAUGCCAUCUCACCGAUUUCAAUGAAACUUUGCCAGUUUAAAGGGUCUACCCCAAAACUCAAAAAGACAAACUGGUUUCUGUUUUGGUUUUUUUUCCGGGGGGAGAUAGACCACCCCCCCGGUUUUUCUUGGUUUUCACCAAGGAAAUCGCUUCAAAUAGGUAUAAUGUAUGAAGCUCUCACCGCGAUGGUAUUCAACUGAUUACUUUGAGGAUUUACACACAUAUUUUUUACAUCCUUUGUUAAUGUCUGCUGCGAGUAUCAGUCAGUUUGAUUGAUAACUUGUCAAUCAACAGAGGUAAAUAUACGGCAGUGUUUUUAGACUUUUCGAUUUAUCCAAAUAUUUGACAACUUUGAGGUCAAAUAUCUCCCAUUGCCAGAAAGCUACAACACUAAUCUUAAUUACCCUUUAUAACCCAUCAUUUCAUCUCUGAAAAUCAUCAAAAAACUAUUUGGGUACUACCGUAUUUUUGUUUUGGAUGCCUUUUAAAAUCUGCGACUGUGACAAGUUUCUCUUAACUACACCUGUCACGCAAUUCUUGCUCUAGGCGGUCACUUGACAAAAUAAACCUACAUUUUUUUGUUCUUUAUACAAGAUGAUUGAUCAAGAAAGGUUAAAAAUGUUAAAAACUUUCGAGAUUUUUUGUAGGAAUGGAAAAUUUGAUAAUUUGACGAGUAACCUUCCUGCAAAUUUCCCUUGAUGAAAUCCCAAGACAUAGUCAGUUGUUUUCGUGAGCAAAGACAAUAAAUAUGAAAGAAAAGUGAGAUGCAAAUGCCUUUUUUUUUUUUUUUUUUUAGCUUAAUAGUAGCUGUACCCUCUCUUGCAGUCUUCGUCUAAAUUUUGAAAGGUCCCUCCUUAUCUUCUGCCUUGUGCGGUCAGUUUCGAAUUCUGAAGCUAGAUCAUCGGUAUCGGCCUCUCCGUCCUCAUUCAUAUUUACAGAGGAGGACCUCAUCAAUAAACCUCUUUUUGUUACGGCAGAUAACCUGCUGAAGUAUCGAGCGAUUUGCUGCUGUAUCAACCGGUGAGUAUCACUGCACGAACUGAGAAAGUAAAAACUUGUAUUUAUCUCCCACGCGUUUCGUCUUACAAUAGUAGACUUCAUCAAGGAUUUUUUCAAGUAGGGUAAAUAAGCUUGCUCAUAUACAAAUAGUAAGUAAGUUGUCUCUUUGCUAUUGAAGCCAGUGGAUAGAAUUCGCCAGGUGCGCCUACGGUGUUAUACAUGCGUGACAUUUUCCAGACGUUACAUGUACGAGUAAGUGAUCCGUUUGAGGGUCACAGAUUUAGGGUAAAUAUUUCACCCCUCAACAUCACGCAAUGUCUCCAGUUUAUAGAGGUCUUAGAACGUUUCAUUAUAUGGAGUUGCCUUCUGCGGGUAGAAGGCUACAAGCGAAUUUCUCAGGCGUAAUUGCCUUUGAUUUCUUAAUUGAUGUUGUCGCAAACCUAGUUUUUGGGAAUCACAAGACAAAAAAAAAAAACUAUCAGGACCUAGUUUCGUGUUCUAAUGGAAAUAAAUAGCAAAUAAAAACACAUUUUCUUGAGAAAUAAAGUCACAAAUGACGGGGGUUCUCUGAAACAAAUAGUGAUAGAAAAGGAUUUCAGUUCUGGUCAAUAUUGACUUUUCCCGGCCAACUUCCAAGUCUGAGGGAACGCACUGAGGGAAUAAAAAAACAUAAAUGUGUGGUAAUGCAAGCAAGAGAAUAAAAAUCCAAAUAAAGAAAAAGGAGAAAACAUAGGAACCCGUGUUGCAGCGUGCAGAUAACUUUCGAGCCAGACCUACAAACCUAAGCCCGACACCACCCAGAGAAACUCGAAAGAAUCCUGUAUAUGAACUAGCUCGCACGUGCACACAGGAAAGGCCAUGACAAUCAGCGAAAAUGAUAGCAAUGCAAAUGAUAUUUGCAGUCAAAAAACAGAAAAAUAAGAUAACAGAAGGAUUAAGAACUUUUUAGAAGUAUCUUCUUGAAAAAAAAAGAUGAACAAUUUUUACUUCUCAUGAAAAGUCACGCAGUAACCCUACAAAUACUAUUUCUAUACGUGGAAUUUCUUGAUGGUGGAAAGUGGAAAAAACAUUUUCCAGUCUUAUUUUCUGGAAACAUGGCGUAGUUAAUGAAUUUAUGGGGCUAUUGAUAUUUCCUAUCAAAUAAGGGGGGCAGAGUUUCCCGUCAUGCGCGGUAUGGAAAAGCCGAAGUUGUUACACUCGGGAACUUGUACGUCAACAAGCAGGCGACAUGUGACUUUAAAAUCUCCUCUCCUGUUACAGUUUCCUUAUUGUAAAUUGUGCGAUAAUGAUAAUAGACGAUCAAAGUAUAGGCUAAUGAAUGUUUUGUUCUGUACCCUAUGUCCUGACUUUAGCAAAUCUUGAAAGUAAUAAACGACUGAAGAAAGAAACGCAACGAUUUUCCCAUUGAUUUUUCGUCAACAUGCAUCUUUCUAAACGUGAAAUUUUCCAUUCCUACAAAAAAUCUCGAAAGUUUUUAACAUUUUUAACCUUUCUUGAUCAAUCAUCUUGUAUAAAGAACUAAAAAAUGUAGGUUUAUUUUGUCAAGUGACCGCCUAGAGCAAGAAUUGCGUGACAGGUGUAGUUGAGAGAAACUUGUCACAAUCGCAGAUUUUAGAAGGUAUCCAAGACAAAAAUACGGUAGUGCCCAAAGAUUUUUUUGAUGAUUUUCAGAGAUGAAAUGAUGGGUUAUAAAGGGUAAUUAAGAUUAGUCUUGUAGCUUUCUGGCAAUGGGAGAUAUUUGACCUCAAAGUUGUAAAAUAUUUAGAUGAAUCGAAAAGUCUAAAAAUACAGUCGUAUAUUUGCCUCUGUUGAUUGACAAGCCGUCAAUCAAACUGACUGAUGUUCGCGGCGGCCAUUAGCUAAGGAUGUAAAAAUAUGUGUGCAAAUCCUCAAAGUAAUCAGUUAAAUACCAUCGCAGUGAGAGCUUCAUAUAUUUUACCUAUCUGAAGCGAUUUCAGUAGUGAAACCCAAGAAAAACCAGGGGUGGUCUAUCUCCCCACGGAAAAAACAAAACAGAAACCAGUCUUUUUUUUUUUUUUUUUAGUUUUGGGGUAGAGCCUUUAAACUGACAAAGUUUCGUUGAAAUCGGUGAGAUGGCAUGUAGCACGACCGCCCGGUGCUCUCGUGGACACGCUCUUAAGUCACUAUCUAGCUGUUUUAGAAAAAGGAUCAGGACUUACCUAACUCUUAGUGUUUUUUGUGGGAAGUUGUUGAUCCCAAUUUAAGUGUUCUUAGAAGUUUCAGUUGUCUGUAAAGCUAAAUAAAUCUAACUGAAACCUAAUAGGGCCUGUUUAUUCUUUUCCGUUUAGUUUCUUUGUUUUGUUUUGUUUUGUCUUUUUUUUUUCUUCUCGUCUGUAAUGAUUUCAAUGGUUUCAGGUUCUUUUCUCAGAAUUGAGCUACAGUAAUAGUAUGCUUCUUUGUGUUGUUGCCUACAGGAGCCGCUGCUUGUGUUGAAUUGAAGAGAUUUGAAGAAGCAAUCACUUGGUGUGAUAAGGGACUAGCUGUAUCCUUUGAAAGAAUCGUUCAUUUUUAACCGUGGGUAUAAAAAAAAGUUUCCAUAAUUUGAUGUUUCAAGGGAGAAAAUACAAAGAAGGGUAUUAAUUAUGAUGGGAACUUGUCAGCUCAUAUACUUUAAGUGUGUGUGAUUAAUAAUAUAGGAGACGUUAUAACCUCAUGACUUAUUAAUGAAAUUACUCCUUUUAGCCAAUUUGACUUAGUUCUACUAUCCAUGCCAAUAACUGUUAUAUUAGUUUAAAUCACCCUUUAAUUUCCAUACCAUUUGCCUAGAAACGAUAAUAACAAAGUAGUUUGCAUUUAAAAAGCAGCAAUGUUUUUAUCAUAACAAGGUCACCCUUAAUCAUCGCUCUUGUUCAGAGGCUUGGGAACCAAGAACGCAAAUGUUAAAAUGGACUAUUACAUAUCAAUAUGAUCAGAAACAUAAUCUUUUUUGUUUUUUCCACAUUUUUUACCCUUAACAUAAAAAAGAAUGACAAAAACAAUAGGAUCUUGUUGUCAUUAAGACUUCUGUCUGUCAGUGAAGUGGGAGAUACGUCCAUGGAGGAAAAAGAUCCUAUUAGUCAUGACCAUGGUUGUGCAAGUUCAGGUGAUGUCAAGAAAGUCAUAGAUCUCUAUAAUCGGGGAGAAGAAGCCAUAGAGUACCUACACCUAUAUCUUAAAAAAGCUAAAGAAGUAGGAGACAAGCAUGGGGAGGGUGACGCUUAUGGCAGUCUUGGCAAUGCUUAUCACCGUCUGGGUGAUUUCAAAAAAGCCAUAGAGUACUACAACCUACAUCUUAAAAUAGCUAAAGAACUAGGAGACAAGCAUGGGGAGGGUAACGCUUAUGGCAAUCUUGGCAAUGCUUAUCACCGUCUGGGUGAUUUCAAAAAAGCCAUAGAGUACCACAACCUACAUCUUAAAAUAGCUAAAGAAGUAGGAGACAAGCAUGGGGAGGGUAACGCUUAUGGCAAUCUUGGCAAUGCUUAUCACCGUCUGGGUGAUUUCAAAAAAGCCAUAGAGUACUACAACCUAGAUCUUAAAAUAGCUAAGGAAGUAGGAGACAAGCAUGGGGAGGGUAAAACUUAUGGCAAUCUUGGCAAUGCUUAUAUUAGUCUGGGUGAUUUCAAAAAAGCCAUAGAGUACCACAACCUACAUCUUAAAAUAGCUAAAGAACUAGGAGACAAGCAUGGGGAGGGUAACGCUUAUGGCAAUCUUGGCAAUGCUUAUCACCGUCUGGGUGAUUUCAAAAAAGCCAUAGAGUACCACAACCUACAUCUUAAAAUAGCUAAAGAAGUAGGAGACAAGCAUGGGGAGGGUAACGCUUAUGGCAAUCUUGGCAAUGCUUAUUUUAGUCUGGGUGAUUUCAAAAAAGCCAUAGAGUACCACAACCUACAUCUUAAAAUAGCUAAAGAAGUAGGAGACAAGCAUGGGGAGGGUAACGCUUAUGGCAAUCUUGGCAAUGCUUAUAUUAGUCUGGGUGAUUUCAAAAAAGCCAUAGAGUACCACAACCUACAUCUUAAAAUAGCUAAAGAACUAGGAGACAAGCAUGGGGAGGGUAACGCUUAUGGCAAUCUUGGCAAUGCUUAUAUUAGUCUGGGUGAUUUCAAAAAAGCCAUAGAGUACCACAACCUACAUCUUAAAAUAGCUAAAGAACUAGGAGACAAGCAUGGGGAGGGUAACGCUUAUGGCAAUCUUAGCAAUGCUUAUGACAGUCUGGGUGAUUUCAAAAAAGCCAUAGAGUACCACAACCUACAUCUUAAAAUAGCUAAAGAACUAGGAGACAAGCAUGGGGAGGGUAACGCUUAUGGCAAUCUUGGCAAUGCUUAUUUUAGUCUGGGUGAUUUCAAAAAAGCCAUAGAGUACCACAACCUACAUCUUAAAAUAGCUAAAGAAGUAGGAGACAAGCAUGGGGAGGGUAACGCUUAUGGCAAUCUUGGCAAUGCUUAUCACCGUCUGGGUGAUUUCAAAAAAGCCAUAGAGUACUACAACCUAGAUCUUAAAAUAGCUAAAGAAGUAGGAGACAAGCAUGGGGAGGGUAAAACUUAUGGCAAUCUUGGCAAUGCUUAUAUUAGUCUGGGUGAUUUCAAAAAAGCCAUAGAGUACUACAACCUACAUCUUAAAAUAGCUAAAGAAGUAGGAGACAAGCAUGGGGAGGGUAAAGCUUAUGGCAAUCUUGGCAAUGCUUAUGACAGUCUGGGUGAUUUCAAAAAAGCCAUAGAGUACCACAACCUACAUCUUAAAAUAGCUAAAGAAGUAGGAGACAAGCAUGGGGAGGGUAAUGCUUAUGGCAAUCUUGGCAAUGCUUAUCGCAGUCUGGGUGAUUUAAAAAAAGCCAUAGAGUACUACAACCUAGCUCUUAAAAUAGCUAAAGAAGUAGGAGACAAAUCCUUUGAGGCAAUGGCCUACUCUUCACUAGGAUGCGUUUUUGAGUUGCAAGGUGGACUGCCAAAAGCCGUUGAACAUUAUCAAGCUAGCAUAAACUUAUUCAAUUCCUUGAGAGUACUUCUAAAAUCUAAAGAUGAGUGGAAAGUUAAUUUUCGAAAUCAGCAUCAAAUGGCGUAUACGGGUUUGUGGAGAGUUCUCGUAGAACAAGGUAAUGUAGAUGAAGCCUUAUUUGUUGCUGAGAAAGGACGAGCUCAAGCUCUGACCGACCUCAUGGAAUCCAGUUUUUGUGGUGGAACAAGUCACCACAAGGGAGAAGAUGAAGAUUUCACAGUUUUAAAAAACGUUCCAUCAAACACUGUCUUUCAGGCAGUGGACAAAGCUAUUGUCAAUCUUUGGGUUGUUUCCGAAGGAAAACAAAUUCGGUUAAGGCAAAGUAAACUCAAAGGUUUUGUUUCAGAGAAUAGUGGAGUUAGCCAGUCCUUUGAGUCGUUCAUGCUCGGUGUCUACACACAACUUGGUGUUCGUUCUAAUGUGAGAUGCGAGAAUCGAUCUUUAGAUGCUUUGAGGGAGGGCCGUUCAAAAGUGGAUGAGAAAACCAAAGAAGACAGCCCUCGACCUCCCAUCCAACAAAAAGAAUGCUUGAGCACUUUGUAUGAUACCGUCAUGAAGCCAGUGGCUGACCUGGUUCAAGGGGAUGAGCUAGUCAUUAUUCCCGAUGGACCCCUGUGGCUUGCUCCUUACGCUGCAUUGAAGAAUGGUAAUUCUAAUUACCUGUGUGAAUCGUUCACAAUCCGACUCGCUCCAUCGUUAACAAGUCUUAGACUCAUCGCCGAUUGCCCAGAUGAUUAUCACAAAAGCAGUGGCGCGUUGCUCGUAGGAGAUCCGUGGGUAGCCGAGGUUACUAACAGCGAGGGAGAGAAAGUCCUCGAGCAGCUUCCGUGUGCUAAAGAAGAAGUAGAAAUGAUCGGAAAAAUUCUGAAUAUCACGCCAAUCACUGGCAGUCAGGCCACGAAACGUGAGGUGUUGAAAAGACUCAGUUCCGUUUCCUUAGUUCACUUUGCGGCACACGGAUGUAUGGAAACUGGCGAAAUUGCUCUUACACCUGACCCACACCGAAUAUCCACUGUGCCAACGGAGGAGGAUUACAUUUUAACAACUGGAGAUGUGCUGAAUGCUCAACUUCGGGCCAAACUUGUUGUGCUUAGUUGCUGCCACAGCGGCCAGGGCGAAAUCAAGGCUGAAGGUGUGGUUGGCAUUGCGCGCGCUUUUAUGGGGGCUGGUGCUCGGUCUGUUGUGGUGUCCCUGUGGGCGAUUGAAGACAAGGCUACUCUUGAGUUCAUGAAAUACUUUUAUCAACAACUUGCAGGAGGUAAACGAGCAAGCGAGUCACUGAACCUGGCCAUGAAAAGCCUCAGAGAAUCAGACAAGUUCUGCGACAUCAAACACUGGGCGCCCUUUUUGCUGAUUGGAGAUGACGUCACUCUUGACUUCAUGGCAAAGGAAAGAGAAAAUUUAAAUAUGAUCACAUAA